AUGUUCGACGUUUCAUGGACUGAUCCCACACGGGAGACCGUUGGCCAGAGAAAACAUCGUAAAGAUCAAACAUCCACUAGGGGAUCGUCUCCAUCAAUAAGAAGUUCGAAGUCCAGUGAUUCUUCCAAGUCAAUCAAGCACUCUAUCUUUGGAUUUUUUGGAGGCGGCAACAAAAAGAUAUCAGCUCCAGUAGCUGUGACAUCUCCAAAACAGCCUUCAAAAGUUUCCCGUCGAACGUCAAGCUAUACUAGCACUUCAGAGACAUCAACAUCAACUCAAGAGGUACGUGAAACGACUACGACAACUAUUACACGUAUUCCAGUAAAUGGAUUCUUUUCAACAGUUCCAUCUUAUCAAGAAUCCGAGAGAAGUCCUUCGGACGAGUCCGUUUUCUCUGGUUAUACUGGAAGAUCCGCGGGAACUAAGUCAUCAUGGGGCUCCAUAACAGAUGGACAAAGCAAGAAUCGUUUCAUACAGCCUCUGAGCCCAAAUUCUUUUGUCACUCAAAGUACUGAGAUCACUGUCGCCCCAAGUGAGGAUUUCAGUGCAUCAGAACAACUAGCUACUCUCGUCCAUAUCACUUCUGGAACAGUUCCUAUCCAGAUCCGAGACUCCACAAUGAGAGAAUCUGCUUUAUCAUCAACUUCCUCAACAUAUGACUUUCCACUCCCACCUACACACAGUCCCGAGACCCCAAAGAUACCAAGCUCUCCUAGAAUACUAAAAUCUAGAAAUGAUACCGGUGCUAGAACUACCGAGUGGUCCAUUACAGCAAGGAACAGGCGCUCAGAUUCAUGGAGACCUCCUGAAACAUGGGCAUGCCCGGCAGAAGAAACAGCUUCAUCAGUAGCCUCAUUGAAGUCCUCGGGGUCUCGUCGAAGGAGAAAACCGCGUGGUCGUAAUCGCUCACCUUCUAACUCGGAGCAGACUCAUUUGCAAAUGAAUAUUCGUAAGAUGGAGGCAGCAAGCAAUAAAAUUAUUCUAGAAAGGUUGAAUGAAGAAUGGAUGGAAGUGGCCGACGCAUCGGUAUAUCGAGAGCUCGAGCUGGAGAAACAACUUUGGAUGCUCACUGCUUUGCGAGCCAUUAAUCGCGUUGCUAGAACCCGUGAUGCUUCCAGGACGCUCAAUGGAGCACCACAACACGGGAAAAUGCUUUCAUUGUAUGAAAAUCAUGCUUCUGCAUCCUUUCUUUCAGCUUUGAAUCCGGAAAAACAAAUACAUCAUGUCUCCACAAACCCUUUAUCGCCAAAAUCAUAUCCAAAUGUUCAUCCUCUAGCUGUUCCAGGACCUACUUCACAAUUAUCUUAUGCCUCAAAUAUCUUCGGUGCGAUUCAUUCUAUAGGUCUACCAUCUCUACUGCCCUCAUCUUCUAUUCCCAAUAUACUCAAGGAAUGUCAUCGUACACUCACCUCUUCUCGUACUUCAACGUCAGAAAUUCCAGCAUCGCCCACCGCGAUCAGUCCACUUGGGAUCACUCAACCUGGCGUCCUUUAUUUAACCAUCCUUGAUCCUUGUCCAGUUCCCUCAUCACUUGGCCCGCGACUGAGAUCUUGGCUUGAUACCCAUCUAACAGUCAACUUGGAGAAGCAAUUCCGCUGUUUGAACCCUACUCGUUUAUUUCCUUUAUGGUUGGCAGAUGCAGGACUUUGGGCCGGAGGGAGCUGCACAUCAUCUUUGAAAUUUCUAGCAUGUGUUGGAAUUGUAAAUGGGGAAGAACAAGUAGAAUGGCAAUUGAAAAGUGCGGUGGGAAGAAUGCUGUGGAAAGAUAUGUGGGGAACCUAUGUUGAGGGUGGGAAAUGGUGGUGGGACGAUGCUGCAAUUGUGGAAGAAUGUGAGAGAAUGGGAACUUGUUGGGCCGGAAGUAUUAUUGAAGCUGUAAAGGAAGGGUAA